AUGCUUGAUUUCGAGGAGGUACAGAAGCACAACACCAAGGACGACUGCUGGGUGGUUAUCCAUGGCAAAGCGUACGACGUCAGCAAAUUCAUCGACGAGCAUCCAGGCGGCUCCGCCAUCAUUUUGAAGUACGCCGGUAAGGACGCCACCAAGGUGUUUGACCCUGUCCAUCCCCCAGAUACCUUGGAAAAAUACUUGGGAAAGGAGUUCCACUUGGGCGAGGUCAAAAUGCCAGAAAAAACCCCAAAGAAAGAGUACGACGACGACCCCGACGAGCCACCCUCCCAGGAAGAGCUCCAGCGUCGUCUCAACAUCGCCAACAUGCCUGAUCUUGCCCAGAUCUACAACCUCAACGACUUCGAGUUUGUGGCUCGCUACACCAUGAACAAGAUCGCCUGGGCGUACUACCUGUCGGGAUGCGAUGACGAGAUCACGUUGCGGGAGAACCACCUAGCGUUCCACCGGGUGUUCUUCAAGCCCAAGGUGUUGGUGGAUGUGACCAAUGUCGACUUAAGAACCAAGAUGUUGGGUACGGAAGUGGAGUUGCCGUUCUACAUAACUGCCACGGCUUUGGGAAAGUUGGGCCACCCAGAGGGCGAAAGGGUGUUGGCAAGAAGUGCUGGCAAGCAGGGAGUGAUCCAGAUGAUCCCUACGCUCGCGUCGUGCCUGUUUGAUGAGAUCGUUGACGAGAGUCUCCCCGACCAGACCCAGUGGUUCCAGUUGUACGUCAAUAAGGACCGCAAGGUAUGUCGUGAGAUCGUCGAGCAUGCGGAAAGGAGAGGCAUGAAGGGGUUGUUCAUCACGGUGGAUGCGCCCCAGUUGGGACGUCGUGAGAAGGACAUGCGGUCGAAGAACUUCGAGGAUCUCAGCCAUGUCCAGGGCGACGACGAGGAAGCUGAUCGGAGUCAAGGAGCUGCUAGGGCCAUCCUGUCGUUUAUCGACACAGCAUUGCAGUGGUCUGAUCUCGAGUGGUUCCGGUCCAUCACCAAGAUGCCGCUAGUGCUCAAGGGUGUCCAGCGCAUCGACGAUGCGUUGAAGGCAGACGAGAUGGGCAUCGACGGAAUCGUGCUCUCGAACCACGGAGGAAGACAGCUUGAAUUCUCGCCCCCACCCCUCGAGCUAUUGAUUGAGUUGAUGCCCAUCCUUAAGAAGAGGGGCCUGAAGAUGGAGGUGUACUUGGACGGAGGGGUGCGCAGAGCCACCGAUGUGCUCAAGGCUUUGUGCUUGGGGGCCAAGGGCGUGGGGAUCGGCCGGCCAUUCCUCUAUGCCAUGUCCACCUAUGGAGAUGAGGGUGUUUACAAGGCCAUCCAGGUUUUGAGGGACGAGAUGAUCAUGUGCAUGCGGCUCAUGGGAGCCACCAAGAUCUCGGACCUUGACGAGUCCAUGAUCGAUGUUAGAAGAAGAGAGGUGGUAGAAGACAAGCUCUUUGGCAAGGUUUACGAGGAGCUUGAGAGCCCUGCGUUCAAGCUGAAGUUGUAG